UUGCAAGCCGAGCCGCACGCGAAAUCCCUGUACCGAGCCGAGCCGCGUCUGCCCAAGCCGAGCCGGUCCUGUCUUCUUCCAGCCGAGCCGCCAGGACUAAAUUGGCUCCAUCCACCUAUAUUUCGGUAAGCUAAUUAAUUAUUGUGGUCUUUCCGGUAAGACUCCAUGCUCGGACGUUAGUUAAAUUAAUUUGGGUCUAAAUUAAAUUAUUUUCCUCAAGGGACGUCUUGGACCAAGAAAUUACUGCAGCGCGGGAUUUCUUCAGUAGGGGCUCGAGCACUGCAACCUCCUUCUAGGGUAAGUUAAAUUCAAUUGAGUCUCGAACCGUUGGUCGUUGGCGACCUAUUUACGAAUUUUGACUUAUUAAACAGUUAGGACUUCGUCGCUUGGAAAACGUACUGCCUCGCGGUUAGGACUCGACAAGUAGAUCUCCAGGGAGAAUGCCGCCACGUAGAGGUACACGCCGAGGAGGUGGUAGGGGAGGCAGAGGAGCCGGUCGUGGCCAGCCGGAGGCGCCACCUGUUGCACCGGCAGUCGACCCAAACGCACCGGUCACCCAGGCGGAUCUCGCCGCAAUGGAGCAGCGUUAUCAGGACAUGCUGCAAGCUGCUUUGGCGCCUUUCCUUGCCGCCCAGCAGAACCAGGCCGCCCCUGUUCAGGCCGAGGCCGCCCCUGCUCAGGCCCAGGCCGCCCCUGUUCAGGCUCAGGCCGUCGCUCCUCCAGCCCCUGAGGAAGCUCAACCAGUACCAGUUCAACUGUCGGCCGAGGCGAAACACUUACGGGAUUUCAGGAAGUAUAAUCCCAAGACCUUUGACGGAUCCAUGGACAACCCCACAAAGGCCCAAAUGUGGUUGACGUCCAUAGAGACUAUUUUCCGGUACAUGAAGUGCCCAGAAGACCAGAAGGUGCAGUGUGCAGUCUUCUUCUUGGAGGACAGGGGCACCGCCUGGUGGGAGACCGCGGAGAGAAUGCUAGGGGGCGAUGUAAGCAAAAUAACAUGGGAGCAGUUCAAGGAGAACUUCUAUGCUAAGUUUUUCUCCGCCAAUGUGAAGCACGCCAAGCUGCAAGAGUUCCUAAACUUGGAGCAAGGCGACAUGACGGUGGAGCAGUACGACGCCGAGUUCGAUAUGCUGUCCCGCUUUGCUCCCGAUAUGGUAAGAGAUGAGGCUGCCAGGACGGAGAAAUUUGUUAGAGGACUCAGGCUAGACCUUCAGGGCAUUGUCAGAGCCCUCCGCCCAGCCACGCAUGCUGAUGCACUACGUAUAGCACUGGAUUUGAGCCUGCCUGAGAGAGCCGAUGCGUCUAAGGCUGCCGGCAGAGGGUCAGCCUUGGGACAGAAGAGAAAGGUUGAGACGCAGCCUGACGUAGCACCGCAGCGAACACUGAGGUCAGGAGGUGUCUUCCAGAGACACCGACGGGAGCUUGCAGCAGCCGGGAGGACUCUGAGAGAGCUACCCGCUUGUACUACCUGCGGGAGAGUCCACGGAGGUCGUUGCUUGGCUGGAAGUGGAGUCUGCUUUAGGUGCAGACAGCCGGGGCACACUGCUGAUAUGUGUCCUCGGAAACCCUUUGAGACGACACCGCCCCAGCCUUCUGCGGCCCAGCAGGGGAGAGUUUUCGCCACUACCCGGCAGGAGGCCGAGCGAGCUGGCACUAUGGUGACAGGUACGCUCCCAAUUUUGGGGCACUAUGCUUUUGUGCUAUUUGACUCUGGGUCAUCCCACUCGUUUAUAUCCUCCGUUUUCGUUCAGCAUGUGGGUUUAGAGGUAGAGCCUUUGGGUAGUGUUUUGUCGGUUUCUACUCCAUCUGGGGAGGUCCUGUUAUCCAAAGAACAAAUAAAGGCAUGUCGGGUAGAGAUAGCGAAUCGUAUGUUAGACGUGACCUUGCUAGUGUUAGACAUGCAGGAUUUUGAUGUGAUACUAGGCAUGGAUUGGCUAUCAGCCAACCAUGCAAAUAUAGACUGUUAUGGCAAGGAAGUUGUCUUCAACCCUCCCUCCGAGGCUAGUUUCAAAUUCAGGGGGCAGGCAUGGUAUGUAUACCCAAGGUCAUCUCAGCCAUGAAGGCUAGU